GGGAGUUUUAGGGCUGGUGUCGUCCUGUACAACAGUGUUGCUCAGUUGUGUAUCGCUCCUCAGGGGCUCCUGGGUCGGAGGUAAUGUCCUAUGUCAAAUGUACGCUUAUUUGUUUUCGGUGUUAUUCCUUAUCUCCGUGUGGAUUAUAACGGCAUUAAGCUGGGAUAAAUACCAGACUAUCGCUAAUCCUCUCCAUCACAGCCAGACUGCAUCGUCUGUCAAGAUGGCUACUAUUUUCUGUAUCUUCUGGUUGGCAGGAAUCGUGAUGUCCUUACCUCCUUUUUUUGGAGGAAAUCAGUUUGCGUUUCAUCCUGCCAUGGCUAUGUGUUCUAUCAAAUUUUCAAAUUCCUUUGGACUCUGGUACUCGGUGUCAUUCCUCGUGGCAGGAACUGUGAUUCCUUUGGUAAUACUUACUUAUUGUUAUGCUCAUAUUUUCAAAAUCGCCCGGACUCAAAGCAGCAAAAUUGCUGCGAGUAUGGUUAAAAUGGUAAGUAUUAUCCAGGCGCCUAUCACCACCACCCCACCGAGGUCGAUCUCGAUCAAAGGCAAAAGAGCAAUCGGAACUAUACUACAUAUUGUGGGGGCAUUCCUUAUCACCUAUAUACCAUUCGCUUUGGUAGUCACAACAGAGAUGAUAGCUCAGACAAUAACCAGUGAUGUACUCAGUGCUGUUUCUGGAACGCUUGUCUUGUCCGCGCCUGUGAUAAAUGGCGCUGUGUACGGACUCAGGAAUAGGAUAUUACGGGAGUCUUUCUCAACAUUCAUGCGUAAGAAAUACAAACGCUUAGUGGGGCAUGAUCACGGAUUGGAUAAUGGAUUGAUUCCUAGGGCCAGCUCCCACUCCCUUGCCAGGAGGAACUCUUCUAACCUCAGGCUGUCCGCUUUGGUCAAGCGGUGCCCAAAUGAUAGCCCUACAUCUCGACCCCUCAGCCGUACCCAGUCCCUCCGAACCCGCAUCCUAACGGCACCCUCGUCCCCUGCCUUCAUGCAGAUUCCUAACGGCCUCAGACCCCCGGGGACUUGCAUCCCUAGGGUGAAUUCGAUGCCUAUACAAUGCACGGUGGAUGGUAACUUCACGAUCUUGUAGACCUGCAAAAGCACGCUUUUCAUCAAUCCCUAAAUUUACCUGUGUUCUUCAGGUGAGGAAACAAUUUCUGAACACAGCGGAUGGAAGUUUGGAAAUACGCUACGUACGUGACCAUCGAUUUGACUAUUUCAGUGGCGAAAAAAUGAACUUCUGACAGGUGUAGCGAGGGCACGGCUUCUUAGUCUUUUAGUUCAACGAAAAUACGAGAUAAACGUUUUCUGUUCGAUGUUGUAUAAGUGUGAUUGAUAUAUCGCUUGUUUUCUUUAUUUGACGUUAAUCGUACUUCAUUAAUAUCACCUUUGAAGUAUCCGUACGCCCUGGUAUCAGAUAAGGCUCAGAUGAUAUCGAAACGACCGUGUUACUGUCACAGUAUUUGGUGAAUACCAGGAUGUGUGAUAGAAAUAUUGUGAUAAAGAGCUAGGAGCUUUCUUGCGUCCGCAUUUCCUUAAUGUGAUUAACAUGGUGAAAAUGUGAGGGAAAACGUCAGAUCAGAAUGAAACUUUCAUAGAAAUCAUUGAAUGAGAGAGAAACGAAAGGUGAAAAUUGUUGGUAAUUUCGGGAAAAAAGACAUAUGCAACUUCCAACUUGUCCUUCCAAAUGUUAGUAUAAAAUUGCGCGAUAGAAAGUUGGAAACCCGAAUGAAACAGGAUUCUGAGUUCAAUGUUAUCAUGGUGUAAUAACAUGGAUGCGUAAGGGGAUGUAAUGCGGGAGAACAGUUUUCUGACUGGCAUUAGUCAGAUUGAAGAGUUCUAGUUCCACUUUCAAAAGAUGAACAGACAUGUCAGAUUAAUCGCAAUCAACAUUUCAGGGCGGAACUACUCACAACUAGCCAGGAUCUCCUUUCUUUUGCCUAUUUGUUGAAAAAGGUCUUCCCCAAAAAGUUUCUAUAAACUCCCAUUGUUUGUCUCGGCACUGCGACUCUACAGUAACGAAGACGUUUUUUCAUGUCGUGUCUAAGGCUACAAAAGUUUCGAGAUGUCGACCUCUUGUCUCUCUUUUCAUGACUUCAAUAACAUUGUAGUGGCAUAUAUUGUUGGUUGUUUAUAUAUUAUAUUAUCCCCCACACACGAAACACCUCUGUUGUGACCAUUUGCGAGUGCGAAUGGCAGGUUCACGAGAACAACCUGUAGGAGCAAGUAAAGAAAAUGGGAGACACUUCACUCAGUUGCUUUUUUAAUGAAGUACCCAUUUUUAUUGUUAAUUUUUCCAUACGAAGCAAACAGUCAGACAUGGCACUAAUGGUGAUUUCAUGUUUUCUCCACGCAAAUAUUUUUUUUACAUGUCUGUUACUGGUUUACAUGUCUGCAAGUGUUUUAUCUGUCUAUUACUGUUUUUACACGUCUAUUACAGUUUAUAUUCGUCUUUUGCUGUCUACGUCUAUAGAUUUUUACAUAGAAUACGUUGUUUGUUCGUCGUGUUGUUUUUUCUCAAUUUGCUCAGAUAUUGAUUAAGAUUUUUAUUUUCGUUUAUAUGU